CCACUGGCCCGACAAAACGCUGCUGUAGCAGAGCCAGUCCGCACCGACUCGAGGCAGCGCACUCACACAGGAGAGAGCACGUACACGUUUGGGGAAUCUUUUUUUUUCCGCUCCCUUGGUCGACCGAGUGGCUUUGAUUUGCAUAUCCACUUCCACUCCUUCCUCAUUUGCAUACAGCAAGAAUGGCGAGCGGGCAUCCCACAGACAAAUUCAGUUUCAUGUAUCAACCAGACACGCACAAGAGUAAGAACAGGUUAUCUUCAGCUAUGAAUCCAGUCUACAGCCCUGUUCAGCCUGGAACCCCAUAUGGAAACCCCAAAAACAUGGCCUUUACAGGCUAUCCAGGGGGGUAUCCCACCACAGCUCCUACCUAUACACCCAACCUCUAUCAAACAGGCAGUCCUGGGUAUCCACCAGGAUAUACUCCAGCGGGAACUCCAUACAAAGUGCCCCCCACUCAGUCAAAUGGAGCACCCCCUCCUUACACUCCAACCCCUACCCCAUACCCGACAGCUAUGUACCCCAUUCGCAGUGCCUACCCUCAGCAGAACCUAUACACACAGGGAGCGUACUACACCCAGCCAGUGUUUGCUGCUCAGCCACAUGUGAUCCAUCACACCACCGUGGUGCAGCCUAACAGCAUCCCUUCCACAGCCCUCUACCCCGCCCCUGUCCCUGUACCUGCUCCUCGCAACAACGGCAUGGCUGCCAUGGGAAUGGUAGCUGGGACAACCAUGGCCAUGAGCGCAGGGACUCUGCUGACAACGCCACAGCACGCCCCAAUUGGAGCACACCCAGUUACUGUGCCAACCUACAGGCCCCAAGGGACACCUGGGUACAGCUACGUACCACCUCACUGGUAGAGCCCACCCAUCAUAUCUGGAGUCCACCAUCGUAUGCUAUAUGUCACAUUUCUGUCCACAUUAGCAUUGUACUUAAUACACACAUCACCUUUUUUAAGCUACAUACUAUGCAGGCUGGUAUGUUGUGACACUAUCAAACUCUUAUCUUAGCUCUGGAGAAUGUUUCUGGGUGGUUUGGGUCAUGUCAGCUUUUUUCCUGUGGUUAGAGUAGGUCAGUACAUUGAGAGAUUGUUUGAAAAACAAAAAAAAAAGUUAUACUAACCAUGACAAAAAGCAUGGA